CGGGUCGGUCAUCAUACUACGACCUCCGGGUGCGCGUUGUGUGCGCGCCGUGCACAACAGCCGGUCGGUUCUGCACGGCGAGUAUAAAUCGAUGUGGACCCUCGCCAGGUUAGAAGUGGACCGACACGACACAUCCAAAACUGUCUAAGUUGUCGUAUGUUCAGGUCUAAACGCUCAGGUCUUAUACGGCGACUCUGGAGAAGUCGUUUGGUCACCGAUAGCGACGGGCGAGAUGGAAGCAAACGAAGUGAAGCGGGUCCGGACGGUUCGCGUGGCAGCAACCCAGAGAAGUUUCCCAGGACGGCACGGCGGUCGGUGACCCAUCCGGAGCCGUCUCCGGGAACACCUUUCGGCGAAGUGUCCAGCGGAGGCCCGGGGGACAGCACGGAGCAGGAGGACAGCUCCGACAAUGAACCAGGUGCCAUGUGUAUCCCCCAGCAUCGAGGCUCUGGACAGGGACAGGAGAAUGACAGCGGCACGGUGACGUGUUGUUUGUUUAGGGAAUGGGACCUCAGACCCCGGAGCCCUUACUCGGCCCUUCGAAAAGACCGGGGCUGCUCUUGUCGAUGCAGCCCCGGCCACGCAGGGUCUGAGGGGGAUUCCCUUCCGGUGGUCGAGCAAGAGCUCAAAAACGCUGCCUAUGCGCUUCUGAAGAGACUAAAAGAGAAACCCCUCGAAGCUUUGCAGAAGGCUGUAGAGACCAAAGGGGGGCUACUCUGUGAAUGUGUUAUGGUGCCGCAGACGGACCUGCGGCUAAGUGGUCAUCAGAUUUCCCCCCAGUAUCUCCUCUGUAAGCUCUACCGCUGGAGCGACCUCCAACACACAGCCCACCUGAAAGCAUUGUGCCACUGUCAAAGCUUUGGCACGGUGGACAACGCCAAGGUGUGCUGCAACCCCUAUCACUACAGUCGUUUAUGUGGGCCAGAAUCGCCUCCACCCCCGUACUCCGUGUCCUGUUCAGAUGAACACAAGCCACUGGACUCACCCCUGUCUUACACUGAAACUGUGCCCCUCCGCUACUCCAACUCGCCUCAUGUUACGCCAAGAGACUACACAGACACUGGUACAUCUUUAGGCUCUUCAAGCUCCAGUGGACGUCGUUCUCACUGGUGCAGCGUUGCCUACUGGGAGCAGCGGACACGCGUGGGUCGCCUUUACCCUGCCCACGAGCCCUCACUCAGCAUCUUCUACGACCUACCUCAGGGCACAGGCCUUUGCCUGGGCCAGCUCCAAACCAGCGCCUACUACAGUCACUGCGAUGAUGCGGGCAGCCGCGGCAUUCAGGCCCUUCACAGCAGCCAUAGCCGCGGUGGCGGUGGCAGCGGAGGCAACAGCAGCAGCUGCACGGCUAACUCUGUGCAACAGAUACGCAGUAAGAUUGGCUAUGGCAUAGUUCUGAGUCGCGAGCCAGAUGGAGUGUGGGUGUAUAACCGAAGCCAGCACCCGGUGUUUGUCCAUUCGCCCACUCUGGACCUGCCCAGCGUCAGAGGACUGAGCGUGAAGAGGGUGAUGCCCGGUUACUCCCUCAAGGUGUUUGACUAUGAGCGCUCCAGUUGGAUUUUGGAGAACGGUGUGAAGCCAGAGUCCCAGGAGGGGCCCUGGGACCCCCAUAGCGUCCGCAUCAGCUUUGCCAAGGGUUGGGGCCCCUGCUACUCCAGACAAUUCAUCACCUCUUGUCCCUGUUGGCUGGAGGUGUUACUCAACAACCACAGAUAGCACAUACUCACAUACAUAGACACCCAUACAGACAAGCAUACAAACACAUUUGUUCAACACACACACACACACACACACAAACAGAGACACACAUAUGGUUUCUUAAACAAGUAUCCGAAUUAUAAUCUACCUAGAUUUAAUAUAAAACUUUAUAUAUUAUAUAAAAUAUAUUAUACAUGUAAAUACUUGAGUCAUUUUUACAAUGCAAUUAUUUAUGUAUAGUGUAAUGUGGAUAUGGACAUAAUAAAAAGGAACAGGAAUAUGCACUUUUGAUUCUAUAUAUGCAUUACAGAGUUUCUCAGUGUCAUUUUGCAAGUAUGUAAACUGCAAAAAUAACACAA